AUGGCGAGGCCUGUGAAGGAAGCAGUUGGAGGGAAGGGACUGGGACCCAGGUAUAUACAAGCUGAACCACCCACCAACAAGUCCUUGUCUAGCCUGGUUGUACAGCUGCUACAGUUUCAGGAAGAAGUUUUUGGCAAACAUGUCAGCAAUGCACCACUCACUAAACUGCCGAUCAAAUGUUUCCUAGAUUUCAAAGCAGGAGGCUCCCUGUGCCACAUACUUGCAGCUGCCUACAAAUUCAAGAGUGACCAGGGAUGGCGGCGUUACGAUUUCCAGAAUCCAUCACGCAUGGACCGCAACGUGGAAAUGUUCAUGACCAUUGAGAAAUCCUUGGUGCAGAAUAACUGCCUGUCUCGACCUAACAUUUUUCUGUGCCCAGAAAUUGAACCCAAACUGCUAGGGAAAUUAAAGGACAUUAUCAAGAGACACCAGGGAACAGUCACUGAGGAUAAGAGCAAUGCCUCCCAUGUUGUGUAUCCCGUCCCAGGGAACCUGGAAGAAGAGGAAUGGGUACGACCAGUCAUGAAGAGGGAUAAGCAGGUUCUUCUGCACUGGGGCUACUAUCCUGACAGUUACGACACUUGGAUCCCAGCCAGUGAAAUUGAAGCAUCUGUGGAAGAUGCUCCAACUCCUGAGAAACCUAGGAAGGUUCAUGCAAAGUGGAUUCUGGACACAGACACUUUCAAUGAAUGGAUGAAUGAGGAAGACUACGAGGUGAAUGAUGACAAAAGCCCUGUCUCCCGCCGAAAGAAGAUUUCAGCCAAGACACUGACAGAUGAGGUGAACAGCCCAGAUUCAGACCGACGGGACAAGAAAGGGGGGAACUAUAAGAAGAGGAAGCGCUCUCCCUCUCCUUCACCAACCCCAGAAGCUAAGAAGAAAAAUGCUAAGAAAGGUCCCUCAACACCUUACACCAAGUCAAAGCGUGGCCACAGAGAGGAGGAGCAAGAAGACCUAACAAAGGACAUGGAUGAGCCUUCACCAGUCCCCAAUGUAGAGGAGGUGACAUUGCCUAAAACAGUAAACACUAAGAAGGAUUCCGAGUCAGCCCCAGUCAAAGGAGGCACCAUGACUGACCUGGAUGAACAGGAGGAUGAAAGCAUGGAGACCACGGGCAAGGAUGAGGAUGAAAACAGUACGGGGAACAAGGGAGAGCAGACGAAGAACCCGGACCUGCAUGAGGACAAUGUGACUGAACAGACCCACCACAUCAUUAUUCCCAGCUAUGCUGCCUGGUUUGACUAUAAUAGUGUUCAUGCCAUUGAGCGGAGGGCUCUCCCUGAGUUCUUUAACGGCAAGAACAAGUCCAAGACUCCAGAAAUCUACCUGGCUUAUCGAAACUUCAUGAUUGACACUUACCGGCUGAACCCCCAAGAGUAUCUUACCUCCACUGCCUGCCGCAGGAACCUGGCGGGUGACGUCUGUGCCAUCAUGAGGGUCCAUGCCUUCCUAGAGCAGUGGGGUCUUAUUAACUACCAGGUGGAUGCUGAGAGUCGACCAACCCCGAUGGGGCCUCCGCCCACCUCUCACUUCCAUGUCUUAGCAGACACGCCGUCAGGGCUGGUGCCUCUGCAGCCCAAGACACCGCAGGGCCGCCAGGUUGAUGCUGAUACCAAGGCUGGGCGAAAGGGCAAAGAGCUGGAUGACCUGGUGCCAGAGACGGCUAAGGGCAAGCCAGAGCUGCAGACCUCUGCUUCCCAGCAAAUGCUCAACUUCCCUGACAAAGGCAAAGAGAAACCAACAGACAUGCAGAACUUCGGGCUGCGCACAGACAUGUACACAAAGAAGAACGUCCCCUCCAAGAGUAAAGCUGCAGCCAGUGCCACUCGAGAGUGGACGGAACAGGAGACCCUGCUACUCUUAGAGGCACUGGAAAUGUACAAAGAUGACUGGAACAAAGUGUCAGAACACGUGGGAAGCCGCACGCAGGAUGAGUGCAUCUUGCAUUUUCUUCGUCUUCCCAUUGAAGACCCGUACCUGGAGGACUCAGAGGCCUCCCUGGGCCCCCUGGCCUACCAGCCUAUCCCCUUCAGUCAGUCAGGCAACCCUGUUAUGAGCACUGUUGCCUUCCUGGCCUCUGUCGUCGAUCCUCGAGUCGCCUCUGCUGCUGCGAAGUCGGCCCUAGAAGAGUUCUCCAAAAUGAAGGAAGAAGUACCCACAGCCUUGGUGGAGGCCCACGUUCGGAAAGUGGAGGAAGCCGCCAAAGUGACAGGCAAGGCGGACCCAGCCUUCGGUCUGGAAAGCAGUGGUAUCGCUGGAACCACCUCUGAUGAGCCUGAGCGGAUCGAGGAGAGCGGGACUGAUGAGGCACGGGCAGAGGGCCAGGCCACAGAGGAGAAGAAGGAGGCCAAGGAGCCCCGAGAAGGAGUUGGGGCUGUCGAGGAAGAAGCGAAAGAGAAAACCAGCGAGGUUCCCAAGAAGGAUGAAGAGAAAGGGAAGCAAGGUGACAGCGAGAAGGAGUCAGAGAAGAGCGAUGGGGACCCAAUAGUCGACCCCGACAAGGAGAAGGAACCAAAGGAGGGGCAGGAGGAGGUGCUGAAGGAAGUGGUGGAGUCAGAGGGGGAGAGGAAGACGAAAGUGGAGCGGGACAUCGGCGAGGGCAAUCUCUCCACCGCCGCUGCUGCUGCCCUGGCUGCCGCCGCUGUGAAGGCCAAGCACCUGGCCGCCGUGGAGGAGAGGAAGAUCAAAUCGCUGGUGGCCCUGCUGGUGGAGACCCAGAUGAAAAAGUUGGAGAUCAAACUCCGGCACUUUGAAGAGUUGGAGACGAUCAUGGACCGGGAGCGAGAGGCACUGGAGUAUCAGAGGCAGCAGCUCCUGGCCGACAGACAAGCCUUCCACAUGGAGCAGCUGAAGUACGCAGAGAUGAGGGCCCGGCAGCAGCACUUCCAACAAAUGCACCAACAGCAGCAGCAGCCACCACCAGCCCUGCCCCCAGGCUCCCAGCCUAUCCCACCUGCGGGCACUGCUGGGCCACCCGCAGUUCACAGCUUGGCCAUGGCUCCGGCCUCUGUGGCCCCUGCUCCUGCUGGCAGCGGGGCCCCUCCUGGAAGCAUGGGCCCCUCUGAACAGAUUGGGCCCGCAGGGUCAACGGCAGGGCCGCAGCAGCAGCAGCCAGCUGGAGCCCCCCAGCCUGGGGUGGUUCCGCCAGGGGUACCCCCCCCUGGACCCCAUGGCCCCUCACCGUUCCCCAACCAACAAACUCCUCCCUCAAUGAUGCCAGGGGCAGUGCCAGGCAGCGGGCACCCAGGCGUGGCGGCCCAGAGCCCUGCCAUUGUGGCAGCUGUUCAGGGCAACCUCCUGCCCAGUGCCAGCCCACUGCCAGACCCAGGUACCCCCCUGCCUCCAGACCCCACGGCCCCAAGCCCAGGCACAGUCACCCCUGUGCCACCUCCACAGUGA